GUGAAUCAUGUGAGAAGAAGAUGGGCGGAGACCUCCCUCGAGAGAUGGCUUGAUGGUCGCAUGUCGUCUGGGAGAGGACCAUCUCGACCCGUUCGGCGGAUCUAGUCCCAGAGCAACCAGUUUCCGCCGCUUGUCUUGCUCCUUGGCUCCGGUCACCACGAAUCGAACGAGGCUGUACGGCGCUGUCAGAUACGGCAAGUCGGCGAGAUGGCACAAGGCGACGUCCAGCUGUACGACCUGGGCGACUUCCAGCUCAAGUCCGGCGAGAUCCUGCCCAAGGCCCAGAUAGCGUACAAGACCUUCGGCUCUCCCAGCAACCCGGCCAUCAUCUAUCCCAGCUGGUACUCCGGCAGCAUCUCAGACAACGAAUGGCUUAUCGGCGCCGACAAGACGCUCAACCCGGAUAAGUACUUCAUAAUCAUCACCGCCCUGUUCGGCAACGGACAGUCCACCUCGCCGUCCACCCGUCCGGACAUCAGGCCCUUCCCGCACGUGCUCUUCUACGACAACGUGCGGGCCCAGCACCAGCUGGUGACGCAGGGCCUGGGCAUCCAGCACGCGCGCGCGGUGCUGGGAUGGAGCAUGGGCGCGGGCCAGACGUACCAGUGGGCGACGCAGUACCCGGACUUCAUGGACCUGAUCGUGCCCUUCUGCGGCAGCGCGCGGACGAGCCCGCACAACCAGGUCUUCCUCGAGGGCGUCAAGGCCGCCCUGCUGGCCGGCCACGGCUCCUCGUCGCUGGGCAUAUGCCAGCCGGCCUCGGCACGCUCCUGGACGGCCGCCCAGCGGGAGACGGGCCUGAGGGCGCUCGCCCGCGUCUACGCCGGCUGGGGCUUCAGCCAGGCCUUCUACCGCGAGAAGCUGUACGCCACCGCGCUCGGCUUCAAGGACCUGGAAGACUUCAUGGUCAACUUCUGGGAGGCCUGGGCUCUCGCCAAGGACCCGGAGAACCUGCUCGUCAUGCUGCACACCUGGCAGAGCGGGGACUGCUCGGCGCAGGAGCCGUACGACGGCGACUUCGACAAGGCCAUGAAGGCCAUCAAGGCGAAGGCGUUGGUCCUCCCUGGCCUGACCGACCUGUACUUCCCACCGGAAGAUAGCGAGAUCGAAGUCAAGGCCAUGAACCCGGGCGUUGGGAAGAUGGUGCCCUUCCCCAGCAUCUGGGGCCACUGGGCUGGCGGUCCAGGCGACAACCCAGAGGACGUCAAGUGGUUGGACGAUCAGCUGAGAGAGUUCUUCGCCCAGUAGGUCGAAGGGCGCUUGAAGUGUUUCUGUAUUGUGAUCGAUGAGCAUGACUUGAGUAGCUGGCCUGGAGACAGUACGUGAUAAGACAAAGCAUGAGAGGAGACAGAGAGAGAGAGAGAGAGAGAGAGAGGGACAAUUGCCUUUUCUAAGACUGUCAACUACCGCCAUUUCUUUUAGUGUUGCAGACAGACAACUAAAAAAAGAAGACAAAAAACCCUAUAAUACAUCUCACGCGCGCCCAUGUAUACCUAGUCAAAGCAAGAGAGUAAAAAAAAAGCGAGGUACUUCAUGCCGUCUAU